AUCGCCGGGUGUUUCAGUUUUUUCUGUCCAUUCUCCUCCCUUCGAAUCUGACAUGCACACGCUGCGUUUGCCAUAUCAACAGAACAAAGACUACGAUAGAUUCAGAUUUGACUACUUCAAGCCUGAAACGUCGAGAGUAGAGCACAGAAAGCACAUAGAUUGAGAACUCUGUGAGCUCCGAAAAAAUGGAGAAGCCAUCUUGGUUUCGAACCAUUUUCGUACAGGCGUCUCUCUGCUUUGCUCUCUAUCUUGCUCUCAACAUGGGUCAGCCUCAGAAGCCCAUUCAAGGGAAUAGGAGUGGAAACAGAGCUCUUGAUCUUUACUUCAUCAGUGUUAGAGGGGGUUUCAGACCACUUAAGCAACAGACCCAUCUUCUGAAACUGAUGGACAAAGUGGCAAAGGCUUACUAUGUAAGUUUUGUGGUGAACACUAGUGAACUUGGAGAGGAUGAUCCACUCAUGCAGAAUGGUACUGUGUUUUUCUCAUCCCUGAAAGUUCCCUGGUAUACUACUAGAACAACAAAAGGACAUGGAGUCUGUUGCUUUCUAGAGCAUAUAAAGCUACCUUAUGGGAAAACUUUAGACAUUGUCGGUGUGGAUACUGGUUCAUUACAGGAUUUGAUGCUUAGGGGAUCAUCGAGUGAAAUUGAGCACAGUCAGUUACAUUGGCUGACAAGGACACUAGAAGCAAUCAGUGGUAACUGGCGCAUUGUUGUUGGAUUCCAUCAAUUGGUUGUUUGUGAAGAGAACAAUGAGCAAAUGGAGGCAAAGCAACUUUAUGAGCUUCUACACCAUAUUUUUGUAAGAUUUGGUGUUAAUGCGUACCUAAGCGGACAUGAUUGCACUAAACAUGUUCGUCAUGGCAACAUUGCUUACAUUGGCCGGAAUCCGGCCUCGAGAGAGAAUGAACCUCAUUUGGCAACUGUAAGUGGACAACCGGCCUUGAAUGGAGAAUUGGUCAAUGGCUUUCUUCUUCACAGAGUCAGCGCAAUAGAAAUUGCAACCUACUUUAUUUCCUCAGCUGGGGAAAUUGUGCACAAAAUUGUGCUCCAACACAGGGGUAAGGAGGUGAUGUAAAACCCUCAUUUUGAGGAGCAAAACUUUACCCUUGUGUGAAGCUCCUCAACUUGAAGCAAGUUUUUCUAUGUCA